GGGGGGCGAAAAUCCUGGGACACCGGUUUGGAAAUACACUCAGACUAACAUCACAAGCAUCAAACUGCACCCUGUUUGGGCAUGCUGAUAUGUUUAUUUCCUGUUUGUACGAAAUCGGCAAAAGAUGUCCGUCCCAGUCGGGUGGGACUGAAGCAUUCAUAUGGAGAAUUUUAUCCCACUUGACGAGAUGAGUUUCCUGGUCGGGCUGUCUUGUUUCACAUGAACACAAAUUGAAUUUUAUGUGCGUUGCGGACAAAAGAUGACAUGUAGAUUUCACCCAGAUGAGUUUCUCAGUAAGCUGAGCUCACAUAUAGUCACACGAAACAGGUCCUAAAUGCAAGAUCCGAGGAAUAUUAGGGUAGUUUCUGCCUCCCCCCCCCCCCAGUUAACAGCAUGACAUUUUUGAAAGAAGCUAGCUAACUAGCUUACUGAUUUCUGCCACUAUAGGAUACCGAAUCAUGGGUUCGAGCUGUUCCAUUCUCAACGACACGCACCACGAUGUCUGGAUGACUCAUGAAAUAGACUGGGAACUUUUGAUUGGGGUAACGCGUGGCUUGGUCACCCUGUGUGCGAUUGGGGCCAGUCUGCUCGCCCACGUUGCAGAGAAGGAGGGAGAAAGGGGGACGAGUCGUAACAACGUGGCCGCACGCGAAAUAACCGAAAAGAAAACAGCAGGUUUGACAAAAAAUGGUUGGCAAAAUGUGGCUUCUGUACUUAAAAUGAGCGACGGGGUGUUGUCAGAAUUUCUUAGUAUACCUCAAAGCGAGGCUAAAAAGAUGAAGUCCGCCAUCAAAGAGUUCCAGGAGAAAGCCGAGUUGAUCAAGCCUGGUGAAAAGUACACAUGGUCUGGGACUCUGUCUCUCACGAUGCGUGUUUAUGUUAUGAAUGAUAAGUUGCAGUGUGAUGAUAAAAGCUGUCUCACAGGCCCUACUGCAAACUCGGAAAGAAUCUACACCAUAUCAGAGUAUUUUAAAAAGCUGGACAUGUACUAAGGAUCAAAGAAUGACUGUUCCAUUUCUUUUCCCGUUAACUAUAUAGUUACAUGAUCUGACUAUUACUGCAUGUAACAUUACUUAUAAAAUUACUUGAGAGUUUUUAGUCCGGGCAUCUUCACUCGUUGUCAAGAGAGUUCCAUAAGACAGUUGUUAAGAUGCGGAUUUCUUCAAGUAAUUCAUCUUUGGUUUUGGAAGACUUAUGAUAACUAUUGCAUACUACUGUAUACUUAACAGAAUUGAUAAAAAAAUAAGGUCGCAAGUCGUUUGACUUCGAUUGACGAGAUGUCCCAGAAAUAACAAGACAUAUUUCUAGUUUCUCUUACAAUGAAAAGUAAUUCAAUUCAAUGAAAAAUUCUUAUUUAUUAAAACGCCUAAAAAACACACGCCUCCAAAUUAACUAUGCAAGUAAAAACAUCCUCUGUAUAAAGGGUGUACCCAAAAUACUCCCACUAUGGUUUGUGAUAUUGCAACGUCAGCUUUGAUAUAGAAGUUUCAGAUUGUUAUACUAGAUUAAUAAUUAGCGCCUAUCGUUUUAUCCCAUUGAUAGUUGACUUACCAAAAUAAAUUUGCCUUCUAGAUUCACUUAAGGAGUUAAGGUUGCCAUCUUAAGUAUAUUUAUACACCAAUAUUUCAACUUGUCCAAAUUAUAGAAAUUAGGUGAAAAGUAAUUCAGGCUUAAAAGGGAAGGUUUAAAAAGAAUUCCAACCUGUCUACUCUUAAAGACAAGGUUUGUGAUCUCUAAAGGCCUGUAAAAUCAGUAUUUUAAGGCCUGUAAAAUCAGUAUUUAAGGCCUGUAAAAUCAGCAUUUAAGGCCUGUAAAAUCAGUAUUUACGUUGUCCAGUUUGCAGUCCGUAAUAUGUCGUGUUUUAGUGUUAGAUGGAUGGACUUAGUAUAUGGGAUUCUAGUUCUAAUUGUUUUUGUUUGUGGAAACACCACGUAAAUUUACAAAAAAAAAUUUAAAUUUAACAAAAACAAUUAUAUUUUAUCGCCAUGCAAACAUUCAAAGAACUUAUUACGAUUUUAGUUCUGUUAUCCAAUCCUUCAAUCAUAGCU